CACCAGAUGGAAUAUCUAUAUGGCUACACUUCGUUGUUAGAGUUCUUUAAAUAUAAAUGAUUAGUCAGCAUGCAUGCAACAAUUGGCCAGAAUUUCUAAACUAUCUGUCAAAAGAGGAUAUUACAGUCUCACUUUGCGUUUUCGAUGAGUUAAGCAUAUUCUUUUCUAUCUAUUUCUACAGUCAAAUUGUUUUCCUUUACGUUGUGUAGCGAGUGAGCUUAUUCUCUCAAGAAUGUUCAUUAUAUCAGUGGCAUGCUUUCUCCUGUUGGUGUCUGAUGCAACAGAUGUUCUUCAUGUCAACACUACCGUUGGUGAAUUUACAGUACUCCCAUGUAUCCUGAUGCUCCCCGCUACCACUGGCUUAAAGCAGCUACGCUUUUACUGGCAAGACGACAGAGCGUACGUUUUGUACUCUUUUAAUGAAGGGAAGGAGAUGCCUGAGCAUGUAAAUGAACUCUAUCGAGACAGGAUCACAGCCUUCCCACAGGACAUGACAGGAGGAAAUAUUUCAGUCAAACUUCAAUACCCAACACUAGAAGAUAACCACAGGGUUUUUCACGCUUUUGCAGCAGUUUUUGCUAGCAGAGGGAUAAAGAGAUACAUUUUUGAACAUAGAGAAAUCUGCCAAAUGACCUUACACGUUGCAGUUCCCUACGAGAAUAUCAGCCUGACUGUAAAUGAAGAAACAAUGACUGCAGUCUGCACUAUACAAAGAGGAUUCCCCAAGCCUUUGGUAGAGUGGAGACUUCAGAGCCAUUCUGACAACACCCAACACCUUUUAGACCCGCAGGAUGUGAACAGCACAGCAGUGCAGGACCCUCAAGAUCAUCUCUACAGUCUCACAAGCACUAUAGUUAUCCCUGGAGGUCCAUAUCAAUCUGUGGCCUGCCUUGUCCACAACCCUACCCUAAAUGUGACUCUGAUCGCCACCCACAUAUUAAACAAAGGUGAAGCAGAGAGGAGCCGCCCCAGCUUAGCUGGAGCUCUGAUGGUGGCUGCUGCUGCUGUUCUCAUUUACUAAAUAUGUUAAAAGGCACUUAGAGCUCAUGGGGGCAAAAUCCUGGGAUGCACUACAUUGUCGCCCCUCCUCCCUUUCUACACUGGACCGUUGGAGCCCCUUUGUCCCUGGUUCCCAUGUCUCUGCUGGGAUUAAUCCCUGAACCACAGGUGUGAUAAUCCCAAACAGAAUGGCGCUGCUGAACACAGGGACUGACAGUGCUCAGGCCCCAGUCUGCUUUGAUCAGAGGGCCAACAGCUGUGUUCCUGUCCGUCCACAAACUGUGUGACGGAGGGACGAAACAAAGCACACUUGUUCUACUGAGGCUGAGGAUAUUGUUUGGUAGACAGACUGUAAUGUAGUGUGAAGUGUUAGAGGUGUUUGAAAACCCCCUUGACCACAGACAGUUCCCUGUUUCUAUGACAUGUGCGUCACCAAACCACAUUGACUUUCAACUUCAACUUUGCUGGUGCUUUAGUGUUCCUUUGACGACAUUGAUUUGUAUGUGUGUUGAUAUAAAAACUCCC